UGAUAUAAAGCUGUGUUGCUAUGGGCAACACACAGAGGGAGGGAACAUGGUAUGAUCAAGCAGCAAUGGUGAAAAAUAACCACUUUUUGGCUUUUUUUUUUAUUGCACGAGCUGACGUAGACAACUGUGAUGACAGCAGAGAGUGAAAAGAGAGAAAGAGAGGGGAUGCUGAGUGGGCAGGAAAACAGACGGCGAGCAUCCAAUCAGCUGCAGCAAAGUCAGUGUCCUUUUGUCCAAUAGAGUAUGACGAAUCUCCUUCAGUGUGAGCUAACAGCGCUGGUGGCUGCUGUGUUAUUAAUGAAUGGAGCGUCUCACAGGCAUCAAAACGGUGCUUGAGCUCUCUCUCCCUCGACGGAAAAGGCAGCACAAACAGAAUAGUACUAGUGUUUCACACCUCGACAGAAAACAACUGCAGCAGACGUGCGCAAACAUGAAGAAGCACCAACACGAGGAUGAAAACUCUGACAGCGAUGCAGAGCAGGAAUCUUCUGUUCCUUCUACGACGAAUGUCCGUCCUUCUGCUUCCUCUUCCAACAUCCUCCUUCCCCCCUCUUCUCAGCGGAGAUCCAUCUCCAUGGGAGACUUUCGUAGAGUCCCUGCUGGACAGGCGGGCUCCGAGCCGCCCUCUGCAUCUGCCACAGCACCCUCAUCCAAGCUGGUCACCCCCAGCUCCAGUAUGGAGUUCGAAGCAGCUCGUCGACGCCUCCUGGAGGUGGAGGAGCGCCAGCGUGUCAUCAGGGAGAUGGAGAGACAACUGGAGGAGCUAAGGGAGGUGUUUGUGCGCUCCGAACAGGAGGCGGUGGAACAUGGGGAGCUGGUGGCCCGCAUCACCUCUGCCGCCCAGCAGGGUGAACUAUAUGUGGCGGAAAACGGACAGCGGCUGAAAAAGGGAUUGCGGUUCAAACGGCACAGGCCCACCAUUGUCUUCUCCUCCAUGCUGGGGCUGAGAACGUGCCUCCCUUGGCCUGUUAAACUCAAAUAGCCAAACAUCCACUGCAAGACAGUCUUUCACUGCUGUCACACGUCACAGCAUCAUCCAAGGAUGUCUGAGGCUCAUUUUCUACUCGCUUUUAGUCAGGAAAUGCUGAAACCUUUGCUUUGAUUGUAUAUAUUGUUAACUGAGAUCUUAAAUGGUGCUUCAUUUGAGCCCAUUGAAAUGGCGCAGGCCUCAUAUUUGCUGCUAAAACAACCCAAGACACUGGGCAUUUUCUGUAAUGCGUGUGAACUUUGCUGAUGUUUAGAGCUCUGUGCAUGUGUUAUAAUUCAUGUAUCUGGGGUUGCUUUGUGUGUGUGAAAGGUGAGAAUGUCAGGAGCUAAUCUUCCAGAAGUAGUCACUCAGGUUUUCUGUGAUUGGUCCAAAACAAAGAGUUUUCUUCUGCAGAAACA